AUGAAGCAUACUGAAAACUUCCGCUGCUUAAGGUUAUUUUCAAUGCAAAUCAACCCAAUCAAACGAAGUUAUAAUCCGCUGGCAAAUGGCAAUACAUAAAAGAAGAUAAACAAAUCACAGCAGUGAAACAAACAAACAAAUAAAUAGAAUGCACAUAACAGAACUUCGGAAGCAG